CUUCACUCGCUCUCGCGCGCACAGGCCAGCAGUUGGUGUGAUGUUGUGCCGAGUUGUCCGCAGGUGCCGGCCCCUGGGCUCCCCGCGCCGCUGUCCCUGCCUCUGUUUACCCUGCCCAGGGCAAGGCCGGCGCGCCGUCAGCACCAGUGCACAGAGGCUAAGCGACUUUGUGAAAGAUCUAGAAAAGGAGUUUGUCAAAUUCAGGCAGAAAGCAAAGGAAGUACUUCCUGGCAGUGAUUGGAGUCCAUUGCACCAGACUCCUGGACUGCCUCCUGAGUGGGCCGAUAUUGUCAUUGUGGGAGGAGGGGUAAUUGGCUGGUCCACUGCUUACUGGUUGAAGAAAAAAGAGGCAAUUCGGGAAGGGGUCCGAGUGGUGGUCAUAGAGAGAGACCCAACUUAUGCCCAAGCCUCCACAGUCUUGUCUGUAGGAGGCAUUCGCCAGCAGUUCUCUCUGCCAGAAAAUAUCCACCUGUCUAUUGAAUCUGCUCACUUCCUUCGCAAUAUCCAGGAGCACUUAAAUGUGGUGAAUGAGGAACCUGUGGAUAUCCAGUUCAACCCCACAGGCUAUCUCUUUCUGGCUGGACAGGAGCAAAGUGCGAUUUUAGAAGAAAACUAUCAAAUUCAAAGAGCUGAAGGAGCAGCAGUCACUCUGCUCUCACCUCAGCAAUUACAAAGGAAAUUCCCAUGGAUGAACACAGACGGGGUUGCUCUAGCUUCAUAUGGUCUAGAGAACGAAGGUUGGUUUGACCCCUGGCUGCUGCUGAAUGCUUUCCGAAGGAAAGCGAUAUCAAUGGGCGUGUUUCCAUGUUAUGGAGAGGUGAUAGAUUUUCAGUAUUCAACCAGAGAGAUGAAGACAGACGACGAUAGGAGUGUCUCACUAAAAAGAAUUCACCAUGUCAAUGUGCGGAUGCCAAAUAGCAUAGAGUACCAACCAGUGGAGUGUGCCAUCAUAGUCAAUGUGGCUGGCGCAUGGUCAGGAAAAGUGGCAGAGAUGAUUGGCAUUGGUAAUGGACCUGAAGGCACCUUGGAGGGCAUAAAACUCCCAGUAGAACCCAGAAAAAGAUAUGUGUAUGUCUUCCACUGCCCAAAUGGUCCAGGGUUGGAAUGCCCAUUAAUUGUUGACAACAAGGGAGUUUACUGCCGUCGAGACGGUUUAGGAGGAAACUACUUGGGAGGACUUUCACCAACUGAGGAGGAGGAACCAGAUAUCAGUGAUCUGGAGGUGGAUUAUGAAUACUUCCAUAACUCGGUUUGGCCCACACUGGCUCAGAGAGUGCCUGCCUUUGAGUGUUUGAAGUUGAAAAGUGCUUGGGCAGGUUACUAUGAUUACAACACCUUCGACCAGAAUGCAAUCAUCGGCACUCAUCCAUUGGUUGCCAACAUGUAUUUUGCAACUGGCUUCAGUGGGCAUGGCAUACAACACUCUCCAGCUGUGGGCAGAGCUAUUGCUGAACUCAUUCUUGAUGGAAAGUUCAAAACACUUGACCUAAGUGCAUUUGACUUUAUCCGAUUCUUCAAAGGAACCAAAGUACUGGAAAAUAACAUAGUGUGAAAUCCUGCAAUCCUCUUGUGAUCAGAUAUCCUAAAAGACAUCAGAGAUAUUAUUUUUGAUUGACAGUUACUGUUCAUCUCUACUUCACAAGACGUAAUCGUGGCAAAUCCUGGUCCUUCCAUAUGUAAAUGUUGGAUACCUUUGAACUGAAUUUUUAAAAGCAAUUUGAAUCUCCUGCAAUUUGAAUCUCCUGCAACUUGUCUUCCCAGACUGAUCCUUGGCAGAUUGCAGACUAAAUGGUGGACCUGUGCUCUUUCAUGAAUUAUUGCAGUGUGAUGACCUAGCAUUCGGUUUUUUAAAAAUCAAGACCUUCAGCAACAUUUACAAUCAACAUUUCUAUAUCUGCACUUUUAUUUGAUAUUUACUCUGCCAUGGUGCAAUAGUUAAAAAAAUUUAUUUGUUCCAAUUUCUCACUCUUUUUCUCCUUUUUAAAACUUUGAUUUCCCAAGCUAUAUCAGUAUCACCUUAACCUUCUUGAUUGGUUAUUUUCUGCAGUGGCUUUUCAGUGCCAUGCAUCCCAUGACCAUAAACUUAGCUUCUAAGAAGAAAAAAAACAUUGCAUUGUAUUCACUGUGUUUCUCUUCAAUACAGGACAACUUCUGAUCAAUAGAUCUGAAAAGAUUGUAUUUCUUGGCUGUCUGUCCCUUGAAGGGUGGUGGGGUAAGGGAGGAAAACUGUCCAAGUGGGAACUGGUGAUGGUGUAGCGGACAGCGAAGAAGAUUACCUCAGGUACAAUGGGAACUUGAUCAGAUGGGCUCCUUGUCUGAUAAAUGUGAGGUGCUAUAUUUUGGUAGGGCAAAUCAGGGCAGGACUUGUACAUUUUAAUGGUAAGAUCCUGGGGAGAGUUGCUGAACAAAGGGACCUUGGAGUGCAAGUUCAUAGUUCCUUGAAAGGUAGACAGGAUAGUGAAGAAGGUGUUUGAUAUGCUUGUCUUUAUUGGCAGUGCAUUGAGUUUAGGAGUUGGGAGAUCAUUUUGCAAGGGGUAAUGUUUUUUCAAGCAGAGGUGGUGCAUGUAUAGAAUGAACUGCCAAAAGAAGUGGUGGAGACUGGUACAAUGAUACUGUUUAAAAAGACAUCUGCAUCUAUAUAUGAAUAGAGGGGUUCAGAGGGAUAUUGGUCAAAUGCUGGCAAAUGGGAUUAGAACAAUUUAGCAUAUCUGGUCAGAUGGAUGAGUACUUUUGUACUUUCCCACAAGUAAAAACAUCCAGUCUGAGUCUGCACAUCAAAAUCUAACCCUGUUUUAUAAUCAACUCUCCGCCUUCUGCUUUUGUGUGAAGACAGCCAGAUUGUUCACCUUUUUCUUGAUAGGUUCACCCCCACUGUUUCUGUUCUAGUCCUUACAACAUCUUUUUGCUUUCUAACUGCCUAAUUUUUUAAUAUAAUGACCAGAAUUGUACAUGGUACUCUGAGCUCAAUACAAGUUUAGCAUUUAUCUGUAUUUGAAAUUCAGCUGUUAAUUAUAUACCCAUACU